UCCCUAGGGCAGUGGAUUGUCAGCAAAGCAAAGAAGGCAUGCAGGACCUCUUCAGGAACUUUCCUCACGUUCCUCAUCUGCUUGAUAGUUGUUGGGCUGGCAACGAUGAUCAUCCCCCAUCUCCUGGUGCGUCUUGUCUCACGUGCAUCUACAGACACAACCUCGGUCUGGCUAAUUCGGUCACAGCAAGGAUUCAGUGCACUCCCGGUGGCAGAAG